AUGGAGGAUUUUAUGAACUUAGUUUUAUACUUGAGUUUGGAAAAUAUUUCUCAAUAACAUGAUUUUAAAAAAGUGGAUAUUUUUUGUUAUAUUUUUAUUUAACGCUAUUCUGGUUAUGUCCCAUAACAUAACAGCCCCAAGUCGGUACAUAGCAUUAACUGGUGACGUUACGCUUCAAUAUAGUCUGGACGCCCCCUUAGAAAUGCCUUUUAUACAGCUAGUUGAGACCACUCAAAAUGAUUCAAUCAUAAUCAGCAAGGAUUUAGAUGUAUCAAAAUUAAAAGGAGAAUUAACGAUUGAUUGUGGGCUCGUUGACCAUGCAGGUCAGUACGUGUUCCAUUUAUAUGACAAAAUUGGUGGGAGUAUUGUGACAUCAUCAGAUAUCAUGGUCGUCAAAUGGCCGUAUUUUACCAUAAGUUUGCCGAAAGUUUCUACUGCCCUGACAGCAGCGGUGAAUAUAAACUAUCUGUCCAACGGGGCAAAAUGUUCAUCCAAAAAACCUGACAGUGUGUAUACGGCUAAUGUAGUCUAUUAUGGGAUGAAUGACACAAAUUAUUUUUCAACGAGAGAUCGCUCAUAUGUGACAGUAUAUACUACUAUGAUUAAAGACAUAUAUGGGGACACAAAUGGAAAGUUACAAUCUAUUCCAUGUUUUAUAUUCGAUCAGGCAGGGAUAUACAAAGUAGCCUUGAAGUCAAAUCAUGAUGAAAAUACCGUCAUCGCAUGGAGUAACCAAAUGUUUGUAAAAUGGAGUGAAGAAUAUUCUCUCAACCUCACAAGAGAAGUCCUAACGCCUUGUAAAUCAGAUUUAGUGAUACAUUACACUCAACCCAAAUGUGCUGGCAACUAUGAUAAAAUCAGAAUUUAUAAGCUUUCCCGGCCCCUUGAUAGUCCUCGGGCAAUUCCAACGAGUGAGGAUUAUAUCACAGAGAUGAGUGCGCUUAAGGACAGAAGUACGGUGAAGUUUAGUUGUCUACUAAUACAUCAGUUGGUUCCCGGA